GCAAUCUUUCUGCCUUUAUCUAUCCCAACAGGAAUACACACCCACAGCUGAGCGCUUUAUCCAGGAAUCUUUGCCAUUUGAUCGGCGUAUUGCAUUCAGUUCCGACAUAGCAGUUGCGAAAACCGGCUAUUCCAAACUGUAUUUUAGCGUUUCGUGCUUACACACAUUGUUUGCAUUUUUUCUCCAUUGCCUGCACGUUGUCGUCGUGAUCCUUGCUUUGAACGCGCCAAGUUCUAAUAGCUGCCAGCGAAAUUCGCCGUUUGACGCACAGUACUACAGCAGCGCAACGGUGGAGAGACGCUGCUGCUCUUCAUCGAGCAAGCAGUAGUGGUGUAUGGACGCCGCCGACAUUAAUCGGGGAUUGUGUGGCUUUGUGUGUAAUAAUCGUUUGCGGUGGAGAGAGAGAUAUUCAUCCGUUUUUGGCUGCUGAGCGGUUUUGAUUGGCAGCCAUGUCAGACGAAGCGCUGAAGCAGCCGUCUGAUCGCCAUCAUCAUCAUCAUCACCGCCAUGCAAACAACAACAACAGCAGCAGCACCAGUACCAAGGAGCAGCGCAACGGCGAUCAGGGUGGAGGGGGCGAUGCGGGCCAGGCGCUGGGACGGCGCGGGGCCUUCCGACAGAAGAACGUCCAUGUGGUGCGCGGGCAUAAGUUCAUUGCCAGAUUCUUCAAGCAGCCCACGUUCUGCAGUCAUUGCAAGGAUUUUAUUUGGGGUUUCGGCAAACAAGGCUUCCAGUGUCAAGUGUGCAGUUUCGUCGUACAUAAACGCUGCCAUGAAUUCGUUACAUUUGUGUGCCCUGGCGCUGACAAGGGACCGGAUAGCGAUUAUCCUCGAGCCAAGCACAAAUUCCGCAUACAUUCGUAUUCCAGUCCCACAUUCUGUGAUCAUUGCGGAUCGCUGCUUUAUGGACUCAUUCAUCAAGGGAUGAAAUGUGAAGCGUGCGAUAUGAAUGUUCACAAGAAAUGUAUCCAGCACGUGCCUGAGUUGUGCGGAUGUGAUUACACGGAGCGGCGGGGCCGGAUUCGACUAACAAUUUCCUAUGAGGAAAACGGAACUAUGACGGUUGUCGUGCAUGAAGCGCGAAAUCUUAUCCCGAUGGAUCCCAACGGAGCCUCCGAUCCCUACGUCAAACUCAAACUGCAACCAGAUCCGGAUGGCAAAACCAAGCAGAAAACCAAAACCGUCAAAGUCAAUCUUAAUCCGCACUGGGAAGAAAAAUUUACAUUUCAUCUGCAUCCGGAAGACAAAGAUCGGCGUUUGUCGGUGGAAGUGUGGGAUUGGGAUCGGACGUCGCGUAAUGAUUUCAUGGGCGCCUUAUCUUUCGGCAUUUCAGAAAUAAUGAAGGUCGGUGUGGAUGGAUGGUUCAAGUUAUUAAGUCAGGAAGAAGGCUCCUAUUACAACAUCCCCUGUCCACCGGAAGACGACGGUCUCGGCAUUGAAGAGCUCAGGAAAAAGCUCCAGAAAGUGAAAGCCAUUGAGCGAACCCGAUCAGUGCCAGAUGGUGUGGAGGAUGUGCCGCACAAUGUGGGCAACAAGGAUAUCAUCCGGGCCAGCGAUUUCAAUUUCCUCAUGGUCCUCGGCAAGGGCAGCUUCGGCAAGGUUAUGCUGGCCGAGCGCAAAGGCACCGACGAGCUGUACGCCAUUAAGAUCCUCAAGAAGGACGUCAUCAUACAGGACGAUGAUGUGGAUUGCACCAUGGUGGAGAAACGGGUCCUGGCCUUACCCAAGAAGCCGCCCUUCCUCGUACAACUCCAUUCCUGUUUCCAGACCAUGGACCGGCUGUAUUUUGUGAUGGAAUACGUCAACGGUGGCGAUCUUAUGUAUCAAAUUCAGCAAGUUGGUCGUUUCAAGGAGCCGGUAGCCGCAUUUUAUGCCGCGGAAAUUGCUGUGGGAUUAUUCUAUCUGCACAAAAAAGGCAUAAUAUACCGUGAUCUGAAAUUGGACAACGUCAUGCUGGAUGCGGAGGGCCAUAUUAAGAUUGCCGAUUUCGGUAUGUGCAAGGAGGGAAUGCAUGGACAUGAAAAAUUAACCAAGACUUUCUGCGGCACACCUGAUUACAUUGCUCCCGAGAUUAUUCUGUACCAGCCAUAUGGAAAAUCGGUCGAUUGGUGGGCGUUUGGCGUGUUGCUGUACGAAAUGCUGGCGGGCCAGCCGCCUUUCGAUGGCGAAGACGAGGAGGAGUUAUUUGCCUCGAUUACAGAGCACCCGGUGUCUUAUCCGAAAUGCAUGUCCAAGGAAGCGAUUUCAUUAUGCAAAGGGCUUUUGAUGAAGCAGCCCGAUAAGCGAUUGGGAUGUAAUGUGCAGACCGGUGAACGAGAUAUACGUGAGCAUGCUUUCUUCCGGCGAUUGGACUGGGAGAGAAUUGAAAACCGCGAAGUCCAGCCGCCCUUCAAACCCCGUAUUAAAAAUCGUUUGGAUGUGAGCAAUUUCGAUAAAGAGUUUACAAAUGAUCCGCCGGAAUUGACGCCCAUGACGAAAGAGCAGCGCUUCUUCAUGAUGAACCUGGAUCAGACUGAAUUCCAGGGCUUUUCCUUCCUCAAUCCCGAAUACAUCCAACACAUUUAACAGGCAAACCCACAUAUUGCACUUUGUGGGUUAAUGCAGAAAACGCACGGGAUGCGGACAGCAACGGUCCACUUUGGCAGCACUGCGUACCAAAGACGCCUCCCCUCCCAGCUACGCCGGUCUAAUCUUUCCCCACAAACACAUGCAUUCCCGAUACAAAUCACAAAAUUCUGCCUGGUGCUUUUUCCCCACGACGGUUUUCAAGAGUUAGGUUUUUAACAGUAUCUAGAAUUUUAUUCGAUUUUAUUUUGUUUUACUUUUCGUUUGUUUGGCCUUCGGUCGGUCGGUGUACGUUUUUUUGGUCUAAAAAUUUUACGAAAUGUUUCCACAAUUGGUUUUUCUGUGCCCUGGCGGUGGGAAAAUGUUUCUGUACCCGGUUGAUGGUGUCUUUCAAGGAUAAAAAUUCACAAAAGUUCAAAGUAGCGGGUUCUAAAUUAUGAUUUAAAUAGCUUUUCUGGUUUUGUCGCGUGUGACCUUGUUUGGUCCAGGUGUUUGUAAGCGUGUUUAGCCAGUGUUUUGUGGAGGUUGUAAUGGAUUUUUAAGUAAAUUUGUACCA